AUGAAAGCGGCUGGACCUCACACCUUGUUGGACGCCAACGGGACUGUCUUUACCAACCCCUCCACCUUCAUCCUGCUGGGGAUCCCAGGGCUGGAGGAUGCCCAUGUCUGGAUCUCCAUCCCUUUCUGUGCCAUGCACAUCAUCGCUGUCCUGGGGAACUUCACCAUCCUGUUCAUGGUGCGGAUGGAGCCGAGCCUCCACGUGCCCAUGUCGUACUUGCUCUGCAUGCUGACCGUCACCGACCUGGUCCUCCCCACUUCCACCCUGCCCAAGAUGCUCGACAUCUUCUGGUUCAAUUCCACAGAGAUCGAGUUCAGUGCCUGCAAUUCCCAGCUGUACUUCAUUCGCUCCUUCACAGCCGUGGAGCCGGGCAUCUUAGUGGCCAUGGCGUUGGAUCGGUACGUGGCCAUCUGUGAUCCCCUGCGGCACAUCUCCAUGCUGACCAAUGCAGCUGUGAUAAAAGUUGGCUUGGCUGCAUUGCUUAGAGGGGCCUUGUUGAUGGUGAGGAAGUGGCCUUACUGCAGAACCAACAUCAUUCAUCACUGGCUCUCCCGCCUGGCAUGA